AUGUGGGAACGAAAGCAGUCUCAGUGUCCUUACAGCCCAGACGCGCGAGACAGUGAUCAUGCCCAUCAUCGGAGGGAGUGGUUUGGCAUGCAAAUUCCACUCGCCAAUAGUCAUUGUCCGUUUAUUCCAAUGCUCAGAGGUGAUUGGGACUCCCAAAGAUUUUAUACUGAACUGCUGGAGAUGAUGGAAGAGCAGCAGAAAACAGCAGAGAAACAGGAGGAAGAGCUGAUUGAAGAGCUGGAGCAGGAGAUCACUGAGCUAAAGAUGAGAAACACUGAGCUGGAGCAGCUUUCACACACUGAAGAUCACCUCCACCUCCUACAGAUUUACUCAUCGCUGUGCAGCCCUACAAACACCAGGAACUGGUCUGAGAUCAGUGUGAAGACUCAUGAGAGUCUGGAGACUCUGAGAAGAGCUCUGACUCAACUGAAGAACACUAUAGAUGAGAAACUCACACAAACUGUCUCUACAGAGCUGAAGUGGAUGCAGCAGUAUGCAGUGGAUGUAAUUCUGAAUACUGAUACAGCUCAUCCCAAUCUCAUCCUGUUGAAUGAUGGAAAACAAGUGAGAUGUGGAGACAUUAGACAGAAACUCUCAGGCAACACAAACAGAUUUGAUGAAUGUGUAAAUAUUUUGGGAAAGGAGGGAUUCUCCUCAGGGAGAUUUUAUUUUGAGGUGCAGUUGAAGAGAAGGGCUAAAUGGACUUUAGGAGUGGCCAGAGAAUCCAUUAAAAAGAAGGGAGAGAUUACACUGAUUCCCAGUGAUGGAUACUGGACUGUGUGGCUGAGGAAUGGAAAUGAAUAUGCGGCUCUCUCUGAUCCUUCUGUCUCUCUGUCUCUGAGAGUGAAUCCGCAGCGGGUCGGUGUGUUUGUGGAUUAUGAGGAGGGUCUGGUCUCCUUUUAUGAUGUGGAGUCCAGCUCUCAUAUCUACUCUUACACUGGUCAGUCUUUCACUGAAAAACUCUAUCCAUUUUUUUGGCCCAUGCCUUAA